AUGCACUUCCGAGCUAGUUGUUACGCUGAUAUCGCUGGGAUGCUUCUACGAGCCGGCGCCGAGAUUGAUGCUAAAUCGCCCAAGUCGGGGAACACGCCUCUUAUUUUAGCUUGUGAACAUGGUCACACAAUGGUCGCUAAGCUUCUUCUUCAAUGGGGUGCUAACCCUGAUGCCACCAACAACAAAUUUGAUACUUCCCUAAUAGUGGCCAUUCGUGGCGGUCAUACGACAAUCGUGAAGUAUUUGUUAUUGUUUGGAGUCAAUCCCGUACCUAAUCCAAUUCCCGCUAUUCGACCCAACACACGUUAUCUAUUACCCAUUCAAGUGGCCCGAAACACCCAAAAUAUCGAAGUUCAGAAUGCUCUUUUCGCAUCAAGUAGACAAAUGGAACUGUACAUGCUCCAACUGGUAAAGAAUACGAUGUCUCCCGACGUCAUACUCAUAAGUCCUGGUCAUCCACCUGUCACAAAAAUGUCAAUUGCUCCUCAAUCUGCCAGUUUCUUUCCAAUCCAAAUUGUAUCCAACUCACAUUCUAUGACCUAUCAACAACUUCAAUUGACCUUUAGCACUCCACCAGGCUAUUCCGAUUACUUUAGCCGAUUGGCCAUUGAGGCGAACGACCCGGCGAUGGAUGAACUGAUUCUACUCUAUGUGGCUUGUGUGGAUUUAGAGGAAGGAAAAGUUGUUCCCCCUCGUUGCAAGCAAUCUAUGCCAAUUUACACAGCCGCUUCCUUUAAUGGAUCCUACAAUUAUGCAUCUCUUAUUUCCCCGACGAAGCGAUCAAAGACUCAUAGUGGUGGUGAUGCAAGUUCAGCUGCCCCUGAUGAACAACCAGGCUUUAGGGUAUUUAUCCUCGGAAAUCGGCUCAAUAAUGGAGGAUUGAACUCGGUCACUCUUUAUCCUGAUUACUCUCCAAUGGCAGUGGAAUCCAAUAAGGCCUAUCGAAAACUCCAGAAGCUUUUGAUUGGAGUAUACCGUGUUCGGGUAAAACCGUCAGCAUUUACAAAAGGAAUUCCGGUUGGACAAUCAUCCUAA